CAGGCUCUAGCCGAGCUUCCGGGCCCCAGGCUCCCAGAGGACCUGGGAGGGGACACAGGGCCUGAGGUCUGGGUCUCUAAGCCGGGAGCGGGGCGUACCAAACUCUCACUUCCGCGAAAGGGCAGGGCGGGGUCAUGAAAUGGGCCUUCUGCCUGGGGGCGGGGCCUUUUCUAAAGGGCAAGGCUAAGCAUCCUGAAUUGGGGCUGGCAGAGGGUUAUUAAGGCUGGAGUGGGAGGAUGUCCAGGGUAUUGGGGUCAGGAUGGCAUUAGCCCUGCUGAAGCCAGGCUGGGCUGACUCAGCAUCCUGCCUGCCCCAGCCAACCUCCAGCCCCGACGGCUCCUCACUCCCUCCGGCAGAGAUGGGAGAUGGCGCCGGUGCUGCCCGUGGUGCUGCCCCUCCAAGCCCGUAUCCGUUUGGCGCAGGGGAUCUGGCUCCUCUCCUGGCUGCUGGCACUGGCUGGUGGCCUUACCCUCCUCUGUAGCGGGCACCUCCUGGUACAGCUGUGGCACCUUGGCACCUUCCUGGCUCCCUCCUGUUCAUUCCCUGCCCUGCCCCAGACUGCGCUGGCAGCGGGAGCGGUGGCUCUAGGCACAGGGCUAGGAGGUGCAGGAGCCAGCCGGGCCAGUCUGGAUGCAGCUCAAUACCCUCCCUGGCGAGGGGUCCUGAGUCCGCUGCUGGCAGCUGGCACUGCUGCAGGCGGGGGCCUACUGAUCCUUGCCUUGGGGCUAUCCCUAGUUUUGCCUGUAAAUCUGCACCAGGGACUGGAGGAGGGCCUGAAGGAUGCCUUGGCUCACUACAAGGACACAGAGGUGCCUGGACACUGUCAGGCCAAGCGACUGAUGGAUGAGUUGCAGUUGAGGUACCACUGCUGCGGGCGCCAUGGGUACAAGGAUUGGUUUGGUGUUCAAUGGGUCAGCAACCGUUACCUGGACCCCAGUGACCAGGAUGUGGUUGACCGGAUCCAGAGCAAUGUGGAAGGUUUAUACCUGAUUGAUGGAGUCCCCUUCUCCUGUUGCAACCCCCACUCACCCCGGCCUUGCCUGCAAAGCCGCCUCUCAGACCCCUAUGCCCAUCCACUCUUCGAUCCUCGACAGCCCAACCUAAACCUCUGGGCGCAAGGGUGCCAUGAGGUGCUGCUGGGGCACCUGCAGGGCUUGUCCAGCACACUGGGAAGCAUGCUGGCUGUCACCUUACUGCUGCAGGCUUUAGUGCUCCUUGGUUUGCGGUAUUUGCAGACAGCGCUGGAGGGGCUUGGAGGAGUCAUUGAUGGGGAAGGAGACACCCAAGGCUAUCUUUUUCCUGGUGGACUGAAAGGCAUCCUGAAAACUGCAUGGCUACAGGGAGGGCUUGCCCACAAGCCAGCACCCGAGGAGGCCCCACAAGAAGAGGAACCUCCCAAGGAGGUUCUCCCUGAGUGAGGCCUAGUAACCUGAAGGGGGGCGGGUGGGAAGGGGAAAGAUGGACAGAUAUGGAAAACUUCCAGUUCUUUACUCAGGCUCAGGGAAGGAGAGGUCCCUGGGAUUACAGGAGUUAGAGCAGUAAGAGCUAGACUUGCAUGAGAAGUCCAGGUGUCCCAGAGCCCAGCCUUUGCGGUAAAAACCACCAAGGUUAAGAGUAAAUGAGGGUGGCAGGAAAGUGACACCCAAAGGACUGGAGACUGUUUCUAGUAUACAGAUUCUACAAUAAAGUAUUUUGG